CACACACAAAACAAUUCAACUCCUAGCUAGAAGCUGCCAAACAAUCAAUUGAUGAUAUCAUGAAUUUCAACAAAUUCCUUCUCCUUUCCUAACUUACUUACCUCUUUCCUAAGUCAUUUCUCCUUAUCAUUCUUUCAUACUAUUAAUACCACACCCUUUUUCUCCUCCUCAUUUGUUUUUCUGUGAAUUCAGAUCCAUCUUCUAAUUUCUCUGGUCUACACUUUCAAGUCUGAACCAUGGGUGGUGACAACACUGAGAAGACCACCGUAAUGGUGCUCAAGGUUGAUCUUCAGUGCCCUUGUUGUUACAAGAAGGCCAAGAAAGUUCUCUGCAAAAUGCCUCAAGUUAGAGACCAAGUGUAUGAUGAGAAGGCCAAUACUGUCACCAUUACUGUAGUAUGUUGCAGUCCUGAAAACAUUCGUGACAAAUUGUGUUGUAAAGGAGGAAAAGCAAUCAAGAGUAUUGAGAUCAAAGAACCUGGAAAGCCCAAAGCUCCUGAAAAGCCCAAGGACCCCGAGAAACCCAAAGGGCCUGAAAAGCCCAAGGAGCCUGAGAAACCCAAAGGGCCUGAAAAGCCCAAAGACAAGCCCAAGGAGCCUGAGAAAGGUAAGACUGUCACCUUUGAAAAGCCCAAGGAGCCCGAGAAGCCCAAGGACAAAACGAAAGAGCCCGAAAAGCCGAAAGACAAAGCAAAAGAUACCGAGAAGCCGAAACAAGAAAAGCCGACCAUAAUUGACAAGCCCAAACAAAAAGAUCCCGAGAAGCCCAAAGACGGUCCUACAACUGCAAUGGUAGCAACACCGUGGGUAUCAGAGCCGGUGAUGAUGAUGCCGGUCCAGGGAUACCCACAGGCGGCACAUGGAUGCGGUUGCGGCCAAUGUUAUUAUACCGGAGGCCCAUGUUAUCAGUAUUAUGGAACACCAGUACCACAGGCCCUGGCCCCGACCCCAUAUUACGGUAACUACUCAUAUGGGUAUGGGCCUGGACCAGGCCCAUCUGGUUACGGAAAGGGCCCUUAUGUUAACAGUGAAUACUUUAGUGAAGAAAAUGCUACAGGUUGCACAAUUAUGUAAUGUGACCCAAUCAUUGUGGGCCUACUUUGUACUUUCUUUAUUGGGCUUUUAAAUGUGUCCAAAACAAAGUUUUGGGCCCAUGUGAAUGUUGUAUUAUUAUUGUAUUCAUUAAUUUCACAUACGAUGUACAAGGUAUAGUUUCCUUUUAAAGAAAAAAAGUGCAGAAAGAGAAUAAUAAGUAGGUGACCAGAUGGCUUGUUGACUGUCUUGUUAUGUAGUUAGUAUACUAUUUGAUUAAAGAAAAGUACUUCACUAAUCA